AUUUCCUCAGAAAAGCCAAACCCUCGUCCCUUUCCUCUCUCCUCAGAUCCAAACCCCCAAUCACUCGUCAUCAUCAUCAUCAUCCUCAUCAUCAUCAUAAGGUUUUUCACAAUUCCUUCUUCACUUCCCGCCACCAGAACCAGGAGCUCCAGCACUUCCCCGCCGCGGCGGCCGCCGCAUACUACCGCAGAACUGGUACCGCGACCCCCGCGUCGUCGCGCGUCACCGUCGUCCUCUCGCGGCGGAGCCGCCGCCUCCGUCUACUUCGGCAACCUCGAGACCGUCCCUAACACGAAGCGGACCCACUUCGUCUCUCUCCGGUCCCUCGAGCGGCGCGCCUCCGGCGGGCCCAAGUUCGAGGAGAUCAAGAACAGCCUUCGUCGGAAGAUUUUACCUUCAGUUCACCCUGAUAGCGUUCGAGUCCGCCUCAUCGCCGGCGAGAUCGUCGGAGCUCUCCAGCGCGGGCUCCGCCACUCCGAGCGCCGGUGGAGCGAUCUAGAGUAUUCGAAUCACCCGUUCGAAUCACCCCGUGAUGCUCCGGAAUCGGAGAUUGUGGACGUUUUGGGGAAAGGAGGGGAGGUUGAAGGGAGAGGGUGGAGUAGAGAGGAUGAGGUUCUCGAUGAUGAGUGGGUAAACGAGAGCAGGAAGGUGAAGGGUGGGGCCGAACCGGCGACCAGGCAUCUUGAAGGGCUGAAUUGGGAGGUGGUGGUGGUUAGGGAUGGUAAUGUGAACGCCUUUUGUCUUCCUGGUGGGAAGAUUGUGGUUUUUACUGGGUUGCUGGAUCAUUUUAGGAGCGAUUCGGAGAUUGCCACUGUUAUUGGGCAUGAGGUUGGGCAUGCGAUUGCAAGGCAUGGGGCGGAGGGGAUAACAAAGAACUUCUGGUUCAUGCUGCUGCAGUUGAUUGUGUUGCAGUUCUUUUACAUGCCUGAUAUUGUCAAUGCGAUGUCUAACCUUCUUCUCAGGCUUCCUUUCUCUCGGAGGAUGGAGAUUGAAGCAGACUACAUCGGUCUCUUGCUGAUGGCUUCUGCUGGAUAUGACCCUCGGGUUGCCCCAAAAGUGUAUGAAAAAUUGGGGAAGAUUACUGGGGACUCGGGUUUGCGAGAUUACCUCUCUACUCAUCCAUCCAGCAAAAAGAGAGCACAGUUGUUAUCUGAAGCAAGGGUUAUGGAGGAAGCACUAACCAUAUAUCGAGAAACCAUCUCAGGCCGAGGAGUAGCCGGCUUUCUUUAGAUUCUAUUAGAAUUCUGAAUUUUCUUUGAAUUGAAAGGAGAGAGAAACCUGGAAACUGUAUAUACUAUCAUUUCUUUUCCCCCAUUUAGCCAAAUACUUCCAGCCAACUUGACCAUAAGCGACUCUUGAGUGCUGCAGCUCUGGGUUUCCUUUUAGGAAUAAAGCAUCUUCGAUUUUGUACGAGCCCUCAGAGUGAAGAACCGUGUAAAAGGUUAAAGUGAUCUCGUUUGCGUCUCUUUUUUGUCCAUUUGUAUCUCGUUCUUGUGAAAUUGAUUACCGGACAACGAAUUAUCUAAUCGGUCUUUUGGUUGACAUA